AUGGGUUCCAGUAGUGGUACUCAUGAAAGUGGUGGGGAACAGACAUCCAAAAAGACGGUUGGUUUUGGGUCUGGUGCGGGUGGGAGCAGUCAUCAAGUAUUCAGUGUGAUGGUAGGUGGUGGUGGUGGUGGUGGACAGCGAGAAUCAUCCACUCGAACAGUCACAGUGAAUUCUGGUGGUGGAUCUCACCAGUCUAGAGGAGCAGGCUUCAGUGGUCGUAAUGAUGGUCGUCUGGGAGGAAUGUGA